GCGCGUGGUUCUGCACCCCGGCACCUUCCGCGAGGUGUGCUUCUUCUCUCGCUCCUCAGAGCGUGGGUCCCACUGUCCCCGCGGUCGGCAGCUACUCUAAUUCCUCACCCUCUUCAGCCCGCAGUCAGAAUUGGCAGAGCUGCUUUCCAGGCUUCUCUCCCUCCGCUCCUUUUCUGUCUCCCUCCUUAGCAGUCGCUUUACCUCGCGGCUUUGGGUCGCUGGCGGGCCUGCAGGUGAGCAGCAGCGCAGCGCCACUGUCUGGCGAGUUUACCUUGCACAGCCGGACUCGGGCCACAGCAGCUGCAGCAGCACCUCUCCCAAGACUCACUCUUCCUUGCAGAAUGAAGAACCCGAUGCUGGAGGUGGUGUCCCUACUGUUGGAGAAGCUGGUCCUCUUCUCCAACUUCAGGUUUUUCAGUUUAGACAUCCCGGGAGAAGAAAAAGGAUGGAAAAAAUUCUAUGAGGUCAACUGUUUCCUCCGCGGCGACUUACUGGAAGUGCCCCGGACCCACCUGACCCACUAUGGCAUCUACCUGGGCGACAACCGUGUCGCACACCUAAUGCCCGACAUUUUGUUGGCUCUGACCAAUGACAAGAAGCGCACGCAGAAAGUGGUCUCCAACAAGCGUCUCAUUCUGGGCGUCAUUGGUAAGGUGGCCAGCAUCCGCGUGGACACAGUGGAGGACUUCGCCUAUGGAGCCGACAUCCUUGUCAAUCACCUGGACCAGUACGUCAAAAAGAAGGCUCUGCUCAACGAGGAGGUGGCCCGGAGGGCUGAGAAACUGUUGGGUCUGACCUCCUACAGCCUAUUGUGGAACAAUUGCGAACACUUUGUAACUUACUGCAGAUACGGUUCCGCGAUCAGCCCCCAGGUCGACAAGUUUUUUGAGAUGCUGAAGAUAAUUAUUCGUGAUCAGAGAAGUGUUCUUGCUUCAGCGAUCUUGGGAUUGGUGUCUAUAGUCUGCAUGGGCCUGGCAUCAUAUACUACCUUUCCUGCAAUUAUUAUUCCAUUCUGCUUAUGGAUGGUUGCCUAAUUACAUGUCCCCACAUUAGUGUGUAUGUAUUCAGCAUGUAAAUGUAUUUAUAUUUAUAGAGCACAAAUCACUAUAAGCCUUGUUAACAAAAAAUGUGACCUGUAACCCUGUGUUCUGGAUAAAAAUGUGAUUAAGAAUCACACCAAGUGCUUACCAUGUAAGCCCAAGAACAAAGGCUUUCUGAAUCUUCUCAGGCAGUUCUGUUGCAAAGCACUAUCCAAACCUUGGAAAAGUGACAGCUUGUGAUAGAAUUUGACAGUACAAGAAAAUCAGCCCCUAAGGUGAUGGCCAGAGGAGAUUAUUUGUGUUGUGUUUUUCUUCUGCAAUCAUGGUUGUGAGUCUUGAAUUUGAAGAUUGGAAGACUUAACAACUGUGCUAACCAAUUUAAUGUAAGUUUAUUUUGUUUUAUUGAAAAACUUAACAUUAAACUGAAAGCAUUUUCCAAAUGCAGAUGAAAACAUGUUUGAUGAUUGGCUUAAAAGAACCACCACCAAAACACAAUGUCCUUUUUCUUGCAUAUUAUAUAUUAUCCCAAGCAAGUCAAGAAAUCUUAUUUUCAUUACUUGAAAUCAUUCUAGGCAAAGUUAAAAGUUUAAUGAACAAGUAACUGACCAGUAAGUGUGGAAGUCUGUGUUUUCCUGAAGAAAUAGCUACAAUAGCAUUAAAUCUGAUUUGAUUAUUUAAUCAGAAGCCUGGCAUUGAUAACUUUUUCCUUUUAUGUGUCAAUAUUGUUAUUUUAAAUCUGAGAAAUAAAUGGAUAUGGAUUAAAAUAAUUUGGAUAUUGGACAUAUAUGUAUAUAUAUAUAUAUAUCAAAUGUAUUUGGAGAUAUCCACAUAUGCACCAAUUAAAAGACAAAUUAAGUUUAUUCUUGAUUGCUCUAUUAUACUGGUGUGGUUAUUAUAGGGUAUCUGUUGAGGCGAAUAUAAAAGCAAGUCCAAUCUGUUUUCUUGUGCCUUGAACCAUUAGAUAUAUGUGAUUGAUUGGUUAUCUAUUGAAGCCUUUACCAGUAACGUAUGGUAUAAUUUUUUUACAGAUUUCUUUUUCUGAUCAGUUGUCUCCAUUUCAUUUCUAGCCAUACUUUAUGUCCUUAAAAUAAUGAUGCUACACCAGAAUAUAAAACCCAAAUAAGUAGGACCAAAGGAAAUUACUGGGUGAAAUAAUUUUGAAGUGUCUCCAUGCUACCUAGCAUGUAAGUUGACUUCACUGCGGCUGGCGAGACACAGCAGCGUUAACACCAUCCCGAGGCAUUUUUGCAAAAUUACCAGAUUCAAAAAAUCAAUCACAAAAUAGAUUGUAUUUCAACUAUUAAAAUUGCUUUAUUAAUAUUGAGAAUCACAAAACAAUAAAUCAUCAGGACAGUGAGGUCAGCUAUUGAUCCAAUUAGAACAAAUUUAAAGAGCAUAUUUUAGUUUAACUGAAGUUUUAUCACCCUUAAUUUGCCCACAUAAAUUCAGUUGUAUUAUAAUAUGAACUAAACUUUGUGUUUAAUUAUUCAAUUUAAGUGUUUAAUUGUUUUCAAAUUUUUAAAAUUAAAACACUUAAUGGCAAUACCAAAGAAUAUGGGUGUUCUGUGGGUCUAUUCCAUUCACUUAAAGUUAUCUUAGGAAUGUAUGCAGAAUAUCAACCACUAUGAGAACCAUUGUGCUAGUGGUUUUUCACUUCUUACCCUUGUAUUGAUUGUUUAAAUAAAUUCAUUUCUUCAAAAUAUAAUGUCCUCAUAAAUAAUUAACACUCUUUUGCAGUCUUGAGUAUUAAAGGCAGGAAAAAACAACAACAACAAUAAAACACUGUUUGAAAUUAAAUCUGUGUUCAAAGAUAAGGAACUUUUUAUUUUAUUUUAGUUUUGUAUCAGGGAUUGAACCCCAGGGGCGCUUACCCAUUAAGCCACAUACCUAACACUUUUUAUUUUUUAUUUGGAUACAGGGUCUUGCUAAAUUACUUAGGACCUCACUAAAUUGCUGAAGCUCCCUUUGAACUUGUGAUCCUCCUGUGUGUGUCAUGUGUUCGCCAUGUUCAAGGACCAACAAGGAAAUUCUUAAAGAUAGAAUUAACGUAAUUACUCUUGACUCACUUCAUACCUUUAACCAAGCUUUAAUCCAUCAUUCAAGUGCUCAUUGUGUGCUAGGCACUGAACUGUUGCAACUUCAUGCUCUAGAAUUAAUAUUGUUUUAAAACUUAACUGUUACAGAGUAUAUAUACUGCUAUGGGAAUAGAGGAGAAAAAGCAAGUCAAUUUGCCUGAAAGGUCAUCUUAUUUGAAGGAGGCAGUGCUAGGCAUGAAGCUGAGAAUAGUAUGAAGUGAUCUUAUCACACUGAUAAAGAGGGAGCAGGAAGGAAGGUUUUAUUUAUUUAAUGUUCCACAACACCAGAAUUAUUGAACUUCUUAGGAGAAAGGGAGAUUCUUUGUUUCCUGUGCUAAAUUUGGUUGUUUAACAAGGUAGAAAGAGAGCAUGCCUUCCUGAUGAUGGCAGUGAAGAAAACCUUGUGUCUCCUAACUUGAAGCAGUUUAUGAAUUUCUAUGGACUCAACCACUUAUGGUUCAUCCUUAUGAUCCUACAAGGCCCUUAUAUUUAUAUAUUUAUAUUCUAACUUGUAAAAUCAUAACCGAGUAGUAUCUGAUGGCAUUUCUCGUUAUUAGUUUGUUCUUUGCCCUAGAUGGAAGUUGAGAGAACUCGUUGGGGCUUAGAUAGGUUGAUGCAAGUGUCAGGCACCAGUCAUGUGUUAGGAUGAAAAGAUGCAAGAGAUGUGGAUCUUUAAAGCUGAUGGCCUAGUAGGCAGAGACUUUCAGCAGUUGACAUCUGAAUAGAGCCAAUUGAAGGCAUGGAAAGAAAAGUGGUUGGGUUUAAUAACUGACAAGGCCAAAAUUAUAGGAACUGAGUAGUGCCUUGAAAAUAUGUGUUUAUUUUUCCAGGAGACAGAUCUUGGGCAGGACAUUUUACAUGCUGGAAACAGUAUACGUAAAUGCAUGAAAACUGCAACAACGUGGCUCAUGCAUAGCUGUGAGGUACUCUAUUUUAAUGGAAAACAUUAAACUGCAAAGAGAAUUCAGGCAAUUGUAAGUGGUUCAAGGGCCAGAGCAGAAUAAGUGUGGUGGGUAGAGAUAUCAGGAAAGGAAAGCAAUGGUCAAGUGGUCUAAGUCUUCUGCAGACCAAGAAGUUUGGACUUUAUAUACAGGCAGUGGAGAUUUGGAGUACAGAAAGCUAACUCCCAAAAAUAUGGUGGAAGGAUGGAGGCUUGUGCAAGAAUGGACAAGAGAUUUAGCUUAAAUCCUCAAUCUCAAAUAAGGGUCUAUAAUUUUGAGGAUAGAAAGCAAACAAGUCAAGGAAGUGCAAAUAGACUUUAGUCAAAUCUUUUCAUUUUACUCAUGAAUAACUCUUGGUGGAGUGUUAGGGAAGAGUCCUGCACUCUCUCCAAAAAAAAAAAAAAAAAAAGAUUCCUGAAAAAUAAAUUAACUUGGUCACUAUGUGUAUAUAUUGAAUGCUCCUGGUCUUUGCUCUGCUAGAGAUGCUUCUUUCUAAGGAAAAUCAAGUAUGAAUUUGUUGCUUCAACUUUUCUUCAGAAUACAGUUAUAGUUCUUAUUUUUCCGUUUUCCAUUUCAUACUAUUAAUGUCAAAUAUAAAAAAAAAUGUUUUCCAGUAAUAUCAAGUUGUGGCAGUACAAAACUCUUUUGUUAUGGAUGAGAAGCAUAUGAGAAAUAGUGGCCAAUCUUUGUUUUAUAUGAUCUAUUUGGAGAGUUUUAACCCAGCCUCUGUCAGAUAAACUAAUUUUAUAUUUGAUAUGCAUACAUGUUGAAUAAAAUCAAUUUUACAUAU